CCCCUCCGCCAAUCAGAAGGCCGCAAACUGGGGCCUCGCCUCGGCAGCGCUCACGUUCGCCUUCGCCGUCAACGCUCAAUGUUUUCGAGUGCAAAACUUCGGAAGUCGGGCAGAUUUAACAAGAAAAAAAGGAGUUUAGCGGUCUCCACUUUGGACGGGUUUGGCCCCCUCGCCGCCCGCGCCUCGCCAUGCCUCUGGUCAUCAGGAACAUCGAGCCGCGGCACGUGUGCCGCGAGUCCGUCCCCGCCAGCAUCCGCAGCGAGCUGGAAUGUGUGACCAACAACAGCUUGGCCAACAUCAUUCGCCAGCUGGGGAGCCUGAGCAAGAAUGCAGAGGACGUGUUCAGGGAGCUCUUCAAGCAGGCGGAAGAUUUCGCCGGCAGGGUGAAUUCGCUCGGGGAUCGAGUGGACCGCCUGCAGUUAAAAGUCACGGAGCUGGACCCCAAAGAGGAGGAGGUUUCUCUUCAGGCCAUCACCACUCGGAAGGCGUUCCGCAGCAGCCUGAUUCAGGACCAGAAGCUCUUCACCAGGCCGUCGCUGCCCAUGCCCGUGCAGGAGACCUACCUCACGUGCUUCCCGCCGCCGCCGCUCAACUACCUCAGCCCGUACCGCGAGGACGGAAGGGAGGCCCUGACAUUCUACACCGAUUCUUCCUUCUUCUUUAAGCUGUGGAAGGAGAAGAUGCUGCAGGACACAGAAGACAUCAAGAAGGAGAAGCGGAAACACAGGAAGGAGAAGAAAGACCACCUGAACCAGCGGACCCUCAACCCCCGCAAGAUCAAGACCAGGAAGGAUGAGUGGGAGCGCCGCAAGAUGGGCGAGGAGUUUGUGGUCCCCAAGAAUGAACUGAACUCCUCUGAGGCUCUGAAUGGCAGCAUCUGCUCCGGUGACGGCUUCAACCCCGAUGCCCUGGAGUUGAGCACGGGCUCCUACGCUUACGAGCCGAGCUCCUCGCUGGCGCCGCCCGGCCCCGAUGAUUUCCUGCCUCCCCCGCCUGCGGACAUAGACCACUCUGACGUCGCCACCCAGAAGCGGGUCAGCAUCUUGAGUCCCAACCACCCGCCGCCUGCUCCCCCAAUGGCCUCCGCCCAGUCCAACUCUCGCCCCCACCUCUCCCCUCCUCCUGCACCUCCGCCUCCUCCACCUCCUGGCUUCGGUGCCCCCCCGCCUCCCACCGGAUUUGACAACCCUCCACCGCCUCCUCCAAUGUCUGGCGCCUACCCCUCGCCGCCUGGCCCGCCUGCCCCGCCGCCCCCUCCCAGCAUGUCUUCCAUGUCCCCUCCACCCCCGCCCCCCGGCGGUGGCCCUCCUCCUCCACCGCCUCCACCUGGCCCGCCACCGCCAUCCUUCGACUCCCGCGCCCCCCCUCCUCCCUCUGCUGCGCUGGCCUCCAGCGCCUCCAAACCGCAGCCGGCGCCCGAGCCUGAAGACGACGCCCGCAGUGGCCUUCUGCAGGCCAUCCGACAAGGCUUCAACCUGCGCAAGGUGGAGGCCCAGCGGGAGCAAGAGAAGCGGGACCACUUUGGCAACGACGUGGCCGCCAUCUUGUCGCGACGCAUCGCCGUGGAGUGCAGCGACAGCGAGGACGACUCGUCGGAGUUCGACGACGAGGAGUGGUCCGAGUGAUGGUCGCUUUCUCUCUUUCCCUCGAUUACUAGCAAGCUUUCAGGUUAGCCAAGUCAUUCCUUCGCCUUGUUUCACUUCGCAACCACGGCGCACAAGCCAGCACGAGUCCUGUGUGGAGGACGCCCCGUGUCAUCAGUCCCAUCAUUCCCUACACCGGGGCUGCUUUAGUGCCUGACGGCAGCAGACGCAGAGGAAAUUAGUGCCACACAAUAAUCAUCAUUUGUGUGUGGGAACAGUUUUUUUAUGUUUUUUUUUUAAAUGUGUCAAGGAAAGAGGAAGUAUUAAACGGAACAAUAACAUACA